ACAUAACCUAGGCUUGUUGUUUAAAUCUUGUUAUUACAUUUAUUUUAAUUGUCAAUUCCAUACCUUAGAGAAUUUAGACAUUACUGAAAUUAGUGCAUUUACUGAGAUGGAAGUAUGUAACGAUAAUUCGGGCAAACAAAAUGAAGAAGUUGAAGAUGGAGAACUUGUAGAUGAUGAUAAUAAUGUGGAUGAUGAUAAUAAUGUGUCUGACACAGGAGAUGAUAGGCUGAUUUUAAGAGCCAAAAGAUUUGGGUUGACAGAAACAAAGAGAAAAAACAAUAUGAAUCCAAAACUGAAAAAGUUAUACUAUAGUAUGGGGGUUGAUUCAAUCACAAGAAAAGAAGCAUUACAUCUGUAUGGAACGGAUAGUAUGAAAACUCAUGAUGUAUUUGCAUAUUUUAGUGACUUUUCACCUGCGUCUAUUGAAUGGUUAAGUGACAAAUGUUGUAAUGUAGUGUGGCUAGAAGAAGAAUCUUGUGCCAAAGCAUUGGAAAAUCUUUCUAUUCGGAUAAAAGGCCAACUUGAAUUAGAACCAGAUGAUUCGGAUGAAAAUGAAGAAACUGUAAAUCUUGAAGAUAUAAGAUGUGCUCUGCCUCCAGGAAUUUGGCGUAAGGGUCACUCUCACCCUCUUGCUCCAAGUUUAUUUCUCAGAUUUGCAACUUGUUUUGAUAAAAAAGGAACUCAGCCUCAGAAUGCCGUAUUGCCAGGGAAUGGUGUUUAUAGCAGAAACUUAUUCUUGGAUGAAGGUGACGAAAUUGCUAAAAAGCCUAAACAUGAUACUGGAAAUCCUUGGUCUGAUAUUGCACGUCAAUGGAGAAAUUUUGAAGCGAGAACAACUGCUGCUGUACCUCCUGUAAUUGAUGCUAGGGACCUUAUAAGAAAUAAAGAUGUGAAAAAACAGAAAACAUUAACUGAAAGAUUACUUCGGAAUGAACUUAAAACUGAAAGUGAUCCAAGAGAUAAUCCACCAACAAUUCGAAAGAUGCAAGCUGAUAUCGAGGAAAAAAAAAUUCUUGAGAGGAAUAAAUUAAGAUCUAAUAUUAGGAGAGAACGGGAUAGACCCGAACCUGAUUUAAGAGAUCGUCUUGGUCGUAAACGUAAGAGAGAUUAUGAUGAUUAUGAAGAAGGUGAUAGUAACACUAAAUGGAAAGAUGGUGACAAAGAAGAUGUUUCUCUUAGAAUUGAAAUUGAUAAUUCUGGUGAUCACUCUGAAGAAGAAUGGGAGGACUACAAAUCACAUAAAAGUUCAGACAGUGAUGAAAUUGCAACUCGACCAAAUACAGGAGACUUGAGGAAUAAACUUCAAAAGAAAAAGACUUAUAAAAAGCGUGACAUUAGUGCUGAAUCAGUGUUAAGGACCAGAUAUACGAAAUGUCCUCGGAAGGGAAGUUCAUUCUCCCCAUUAAGAAUUGAAAUAGAUAAUGAUAGUUACAACAGAAGUGAUGAUGACUAAAUGAAAUAUCCUACUUUAUUUUUAUUUAAUCUGUACUUGAUAAAAAUCAGUUGUUCUCAGUUAACCAAGAAAUGUAAAUAUUCAGAAUUUAUUUUAAGAAAAAUAUUAUAUAUUUGCUAAUCUUAAAUUUGACUAUUCAACUUAUCUUCUAAAGGUCCUUGGAUGAUCUGUUGAUAUAAAACUUCAAAUAUUAAAGGGUUACCUUAUACCUUUAUUUACAUUUCUUGGUUUUGUUAUAUACUGUCCUGUAAUGCAUGAGGAACAUUUUUGAGAUAACAUUGUUCUAUUUUUUUAUUUAGUUAAUUUUUGCUAAGAUGUGGUACCACUGCUAUCACAUUCCAUUGCUGAAAUGUCGUGUUUUAAAAAAUUCAGGGGAGAUUUUUCAUGCAACCACAAGGUUAAUGACAAAUGGAAAUAUCUAAUGGUAAUACAUAAACAUUAUGUAGUUUUUUUUUUUUUCUUUUACUGAUUUAAAGGAUGAAAAUCCUUUAUUGUACACAUAAGUAAUGUAUUUGUUGAAAUACACCGAAUAAUUUUAUUAUAAUUCAGCAUUCAGUUACUCAUGUACUGUCAAUGUGAAUGAUUAGCAAAGUUUUGAAGGUUUUUAUUGAACAGACUCCAGUUUAGAUCCUUUGACCACUUUUGAAGUGAAUUCGUUGUACAUAUUCCAACAAGCGUAUUCAUCAUUAAAAAAGAAAAUUGUAAACAUAUUUUUAUGAUAGCAUUAUUUUAUUUUAUUACCAAAUUGUUGUCUGUAAUUUUUAAAAAUAAAUAAAGGUUGAUUGUUUAAGCUAUUACAA